AUGUCUAAGAAACGGACGAUAGACGCCUUCUUCGGGGCGCCGAAGUCCAAGAAGCCGCGUAACUCUGAAAUCACUGCGGAUAGCGCAGACGGUCAUCAAUUACCAUCAUCACCCGCCGCCGAGAACAACAGCACAUUAGCAUACUCCCAACACGCCACCUACCCCUUCCCAAUCCCGCACCUCCCCACCCCCAUCAGCCACGAGCUCAGCUCGCUCCCCGCCAGCAUCGGCCGCGCCAUGACCGACCAGCCGGACCUGGACCUGCUGUACUUCGAGCCGUACGUCCCGCCCGGCACCGCGAAGCAGCUAUUCGCAUUCCUGCGGUCCGAAUUGCCGUUUUACCGCGUCGAGUACGACAUCCAGCGCGGCGGAAACGCGACGCACAUCCGCACGCCGCGCUGGACGACCGUGUUCGGCAUCGACGACACUGCGCGCUUCGCCCCUGCCCCCACCCCCGACGAUGGGGCGGCCGCAGUACCUGUCGACGCGCGCACCGGGUCCAAACUCCCGGCCUCCGCGUUCCCGAAGUGCGCCCCGCGGCCCAUCCCACAGUGCCUCGACGCGCUGCGCGAGUCGGCCGAGGCAGCCACGGGCUGCGAGUUCAAUUUCUGCCUGGUGAACUACUACGCCUCGGGCGCCGACAGCAUAAGCUACCACAGCGACGACGAGCGGUUCCUCGGUCCCCUGCCGGCCAUCGCGUCCUUCUCGCUCGGGGCGCGUCGCGACUUCCUGAUGAAGCACAAGCCCGUGGCGCCCGACGACAGCAACCCGGCGUUGUCGGCUAGCCUGAAGGACGCCAAGCCGCUGAAGCUGCCGCUCGCGAGCGGCGACAUGAUCCUGAUGCGAGGCAGGACGCAGGCGAAAUGGCUGCACUCGAUACCGAAGCGGAGCGGGAAGAACGAGACGGACGGCGGGCGGAUCAACAUCACCUUUCGGAAAGCCAUGGUCAGGGGCGGCACUGCGAAUUACUAUAAUUACAACGUGGGCACCGGCCCUGUCUAUAAGUGGGAUGCUGCCGCCCGCGAGAUGAAGCAAUGGGAACUAUGA